UAAGUAAUCUAACUAAAAUUGGAUUAAUGUUCAUCUCAUCCCCAGCCUUGAUUCUUCCCCAUCCUCUGCACCAUCACCGAUCUUCUCAUCCUCUCUCGUCGAAGAUCAUGCGGCUUCUCUUCAUCGUCGAUACAAACAAGAACCCGACGAUGCAGCUUGAGGCGCUUCUCAUGGCCUAUGAUGAGAUUAAGAAGGGCGAGAACACCCAUCUCGAAUGGUAAACUAGAGUUGUUCAUCUCCUUCGUCUCAUCCCAAAGUCAUCAUUUUUCCAGAAAUUCGUCUUAAUCUCUCAACUUGUUCCCCAUCUGAUCUGCACCAUCAACUUGGGGUUGUUCGUGUCCUCGCUUCUGUACACCUUUGGGGGUUUUUCUGUCGAGCCUCUCCUCUCCUCUCCUCUGUUUGUCUCCGCAAAAACCUCGGUGUCGUGCUUCGUCGUCGUCUUCCCCAAAUCAUCGAUUAAUUUUUUUAAUUUUUAAUUUUUGUUUUUCAUUCGUGUGAUUCUGCAGAUGCCGAAGAUUCUACCAGCAGUGUGAUCCAGGUAACAUUUCAAUUCGUCUAAAUUGCUGUUUUUCGGUGUGGUCUAUGUUUGUGUUUCGUGUGUUUUUCUUUUCUGUGGGGAUAAUUGAACCUGUUGCUGAAGCGGAAGUUGAAUUUAGCUGUUGUUCGGUAGUGGGGUUUUCAAUUUUCAUUGGGAAAUUCUGGGAAAAGCAAGAAUUUUUAUUUCUUCAUGUUUUGUUUUUCUAGUUGCUUUCAUGGGAAGUACUGUUUUUUUAAAUAAUAGCUAAAUCUUUUAGCUUUUCUUAUCAGACAAAGGAAGCUAUGUUUUAUUUUCAACAUAGCAUUCCUGGGCUUUUGUUUUUGUUUCUUUUUAGUUUUGUUCAGCUCCAAUGUAGUGUGUAUAGCAAUGUGUUAUACCAUAUAUGUGAAGCAUCUCAAUUUGCAAAGCUUUUUUCAUCUUCAAUGUUCUCUUAUAUGAGCUUUUUGGUUUUGUUAUUUGGCUGGCUUUGAGUACUAAUUUGUGCAUUUAUUUGAGUCUCUCUUGUACCCUUAUUUGCCCAUAGUGGAGUUGUGUCUUUGGUCUGGACUCAGCAGUGGUUUAAAAUUUCCAAUGGAAUUAUUGGGGCUUGUGGUGAUGAUCACCAUUUUGUUGAUAACAUGUCCUCAAAUGUUGUUGACACACUGCACUGGUUCCGCAUAAUUGCUUAUCAUUGUAACAAAAAGAACUUGUACAUAGUGUGAAUGGUUCUUAAUAAAGCAUCUAUGCUGGAAAAUUUGAGAUUGCAACACUUUUUGAUUCAGGGAUUAGUUCAAUAGCUAUAUACUUUUUGUAACCAGGAAUUGCUAUGUGAAGAAAAAAAGAGAAAUAUGUUGAUGGUAUGAUUCUGUAGAGACCUUUGUCAAAUCAAUUGUAUUCAAUUAUGUACAAAGAUCAAUAUAGAUACCCUGAAUAUUGAAUAUUGAUUCUUUUUUUUGUGUAUGGUUGAAUCCCAACACUGAUGUACAUUUUGUUUAUGUAUCAAAUUACCACAUCUUAUUGAACAAACACUAAUAUUACAACAUAAAAACUAAGAAGCCCAUGGAAGGUUCCAGAGAGGUCUCACCAGGAAGCCCAUGGUCCUCAUUAAGAAGCUUUGCAAAGCGUGUUGUGCUCUCCUGCAACAUCCUCAGAUUCAAUGACAAGGUUCUCUCUUUCGAUCCCUUCAGAGCUAACCCUUCUUCCUCUUUCCUUGGGUCCGCUCGCAAGCUUCUUCGCUUCAAUUCUCUCGCUAAGGUUCUUGCUCAGCGUCGUUCUUCAUCUUCCCAUGCUGCUGUUGUUCUUCUCGAACGAACCUCCAAUCUGGAUUGCCUAUGAUCCUGAAGCUUGGCCUGUUUUAAUAGAUGAUUUUGUCGAGCAUGUGUACUGGAUACCAGAAUCACAUUAUGAUUAUUCCAACUUCCACUGCAGCUAUGGUGAUACAGAAUCCCAGUCAUGUGUUCUUGAGGAUCCACUUCCUGGACUGAGAAGUAUUUAUGUUCACAAGAAGAAGUUACCUGAGGAGACAACAAACAAUGAUAUGGAGCACUCUAAUGCAUCUGAUGACUUGAUUUCUUCAAAUUGUAAGAGAAGUAGAGAUCAUGGUGCAGUAGAUUGGGAGGACAUGAUCCACGAGGGAACACAUCAGAGGACUGCAUGGAAACUAGUAGGCAAAGUAGCCCCUUGUGUUCAUCCAAGUCCAAAUGUGCAGUUGAAGGUUGUCUUUCAAAGGGGUUUGCAGGACUACUCUCAACUCGGUCCUUUGUGCAGUUUGGUAGAGAGAGGAUGGCUUCCUUUAGAUGAAGGAUUUGUCAUGGUUAAGUUGCUGUCCCUGUGCCUGAAGGGAAUCAUGAUAAAAAAGGAAUGCAUUUAGCUCUUGUAAUUUUGCUGGUUGUUUUGGUCUCAGCAUAAGUACUGGCAAAAGAAGAAGAGAGAGCAAGAUCAAGCUCGGUUUUUGAAGUUAUUCGAAGAAGGAGAUGACAUUGACGAUGAGCUCGGGCUGGGCACUAUAAUAUGAUUGCAAACAAAUACCUUCUUGUACAGUAGGUUUUCCUUGCACAAUUUUGUUCAUGAAAAAGAAGGAGAAAGGAUUUUGUGGUGAAUGAUGUGCUACUUUGACAAUGAGAUAGUUGUCAAAGUCGAUAGCAAUAUGUUAUUGUUCAUAUUCA